AUGACAGACACAGAAAUGAGAGAUGAUCUUAAGAAUAUUCAGCUGGACAAUGGUGAUAAUAACGAUAUCGAUGAAUCUCUCUAUUCGAGGCAGCUCUUUGUACUCGGCGUAGACGCAAUGAAAGCCAUGAGCCAGUCAGACGUGCUCAUCGUUGGUUUGCGUGGAUUAGGCGUCGAGAUUGCAAAGAACAUUUGCCUGGCCGGUGUCAAGAGCGUCACCAUCUACGAUCCACACCCAGUCACGCUUGCUGACCUCUCCUCGCAAUUCUAUUUCGAUGACGCUGACAUUGGGAAGCCACGCGACCAAGUGGCCCUCGGGAAGCUUGCUGAGCUUAAUCAGUAUGUCCCUGUGAAACUCCUCCAGGCAGCUGACUCCACGCAAUCCCUCAACACAUCACUUCUUAGGCCAUUCAAAGUCGUGGUCCUCACAGACACUCCCCUCUCACAGCAACUCCACUACAAUGAUUAUUGCCACCAGCACAAUAUCGGCUUCAUCGCCGCUGACACCCGCGGUCUCUUCGGCAGCGUCUUCAACGAUUUCGGCAGUGCUUUCAAGUGCAUUGACCCUACAGGCGAGCCAGCCAUCACUGGGAUGGUUGCGCAGAUUGAAAAUGACAACGAAGGUAUGGUUACCUGUCUCGACGAUACCAGACACGGCCUUGAAGAUGGCGAUUACGUCACCUUCUCUGAAAUCAAGGGCAUGGACCAACUUAACCAGAGUGAGCCUAGGAAGGUCUCUGUUAAGGGCCCUUACACUUUCACCAUCGGUGAUACCUCCAGUUACGACGCGUACACGUCUGGCGGUGUUUUCACCCAGGUUAAGCAGCCCAAGAUUUUCUCCUUCAAGUCACUUAGAGAGUCGCUCAAGCAGCCAGAGGUGCUCCUCGACCUUGCCAAGUUUGACCGUCCUCCCACUCUUCACGCCGGCUUCCAAGCCCUCUCCGCCUUCAGCGAACAGCAUGGCCAUCUGCCCCGUCCACGCAAUGGCGAGGAUGCACAUAAACUUUUGGAGAUGGCGAAGAAGCUCACCACUGAGGAAGUAGACGAUAAAGUGCUCAGUGAGCUCUCCUACCAAGCACGCGGUGACUUUGCCCCUGUAAACGCCGUCAUUGGUGGUUUCACCGCGCAGGAGGUUCUCAAAGGAUGCUCAGGUAAAUUCAGCCCGCUUUUUCAACACCUCUACUUUGACUCGCUUGAGUCUCUUCCUGACCAGCUCCCAUCUGAGGAAGACGUGCAGCCCCUCGGCUCCCGCUAUGACGCCCAGAUUGCUAUCUUUGGUAAAGCGUUCCACGACAAGAUUGCAAACGCGCGCCAGUUUCUCGUCGGGUCGGGCGCUAUUGGGUGUGAGAUGCUCAAGAACUGGUCCAUGAUGGGCCUAGGCAGUGGCAAAGAUGGCAAGAUUCACGUAACUGAUCUCGACACUAUCGAGAAGAGCAAUCUGAAUAGGCAGUUCCUCUUCCGCGCCAAAGACCUCGGCAAGUUUAAGGCAGAGGUGGCUGCGGAGGCCGUUGCAGAUAUGAAUAAGGACCUGCGCGGUAAAAUCACCAGCUACCAGGAGCGCGUGAGUCCAGAGACGGAGGAGUUGUAUGGUGAAGACUUUUUCAACUCGCUCACCGGCGUGACGAAUGCACUGGAUAAUGUAGCUGCUAGGCAGUACGUGGAUAGAAGGUGUGUGUUUUACAAAAAGCCUCUUUUAGAGUCGGGUACGCUCGGCACAAAGGCAAACACACAGGUCGUAUAUCCCGACCUCACUGAGUCCUACUCCUCCUCACAGGACCCACCGGAGAAGGAGAUUCCAUCGUGCACCGUGAAAAACUUCCCUAAUGCCAUCGAGCACACGAUACAAUGGGCUCGUGAGAACUUUGAUGCGCUGUUCGUCAAGCCACCCACCAAUGUGAACAUGUAUCUCUCUCAGCCGGGCUACAUUGAGACGACGUUGCGUUCUGGAGGGCAGCAGCGUCCUCAGCUGGAGGAGAUCCUGGAUGCCCUGACAGCGUCUCGUCCAAUCAGCUUUGACGAGUGCAUAGUUUGGGCUCGAUACAAGUUCGAGGAGCACUACAACCACUCCAUCCAGCAGCUACUCCACUCACUCCCGCGCGAUGCGACUACGUCCUCCGGAGCGCUUUUCUGGUCGGGACCUAAGCGCGCGCCGGAAGCGCUCGCGUUUGACGCCACUAACCCGCUUCACAUGGCGUACAUAGUGGCCGCUGCGAAUCUGCACGCCUUCAACUACGGCUUGCGCGGAGAUGUGGCAGAGGAGCGCUACCGGGCUGUAGCUGAGGAAACGGCCGUCGCGCCAUUCGCACCCCGGAGUGGUGUGAAGGUGCAGACGAACGAGAAUGAGCCGGCGCCCGCGCAGGAGGAGGACGAUGAAGUGGUGGUAAAGCAACUCGAGGAAAAGCUGCCGGCUCCCUCCUCCCUCGCUGGCUUCCGCCUUACGCCCGUUGAGUUCGAGAAGGACGACGAUUCGAACCACCACAUCGACUUUAUUAAUGCAGCAUCUAAUCUCCGCGCGGCUAACUACGGCAUCACUCCCGCAGAGCGUCUCAGGACUAAGCAGAUUGCAGGCAAGAUCAUCCCAGCUAUCGCAACGACGACGUCCGUGGCAGUCGGGUUGGUUUGUUUGGAGCUGUGCAAGGUCAUCGACGGGAAGAAGGACCUCGAGAAAUACAACAACGGCUUCGUCAACCUUGCACUCCCCUUCUUUGGGUUCUCAGACCCAAUCGCCGCGCCGAAGCUUAAGUACGGCAACGUCGAGUGGACGCUGUGGGACCGCUUUGAGGUCAGUGGUAACCCUACACUGCAGGAAUUCAUGGAUUAUUUCCAGAACCAACACAAACUCGAAGUGAACAUGGUCAGCCAGGGCACUAGUAUGCUCUACUCUUUCUUCCUCCCUCCUAAGAAGCAGCAAGAGAGGAAGGCGCUGCGCUUCAGUGAUCUCGUAGAGAAUGUAAGCAAGAAGCCAGUCCCUGCUUGGCAGAAGAGCCUGCUCGUCGAGGUCAUGGUCACCGACGAGCAAGAGGAGGACCAGGACGUGCCCUUUGUCGUGGUGCAUUUGUAG